UUUUAUUAUUUUCAAGAAGGCAAGGUUAAACUUGUUUUUAGAAUAAUUCCUGAAAUAUGUGCUGUUCUUAUGAUGGUUAAACUUCGUUAAUGUCAAAGGACUGAGAAAUAGAAAUAUGGCGGAGGCGAAGCAGGAGGUUCAGCAUACCAAAUUGUUGGAAGGUUCCAGUGAUCAAACUGAUACUCCUCCAGAAAUUGGGAGUCCAGAAGGCCCCAAACUCGUCAAAUUUCUCAAUUUUUGGGAGCAGUUCAAUCUUGAAAAUGGCUUUAAACUUCUUGGUCACUCAAUCGGCGUUUACCCCCUGGCAUUUCUAAUUGCUUCUUUGAUUCUUUCUUCGCUUUCUGUUGGGAUUUACUGGUUAGAAAUAAAAGAUCGUGUUAGAGAUGGUUACACACCUACAACUUCAAUGUCUCGUUAUGAGACCGAUGUUCUAAAAGAAUUUCUGGGGUCUACAGGCGAUCCUCUUCUAACAACGGUGCUGCUUAGAGCUCGGGAUGGUGGUAGCAUGCAUAGAUUGCGUUGGUUAAACGCUUCAGUCAAUUUGCAUUCUUUAUUGCAUCUAAAUAUUUCUGCCGAUUUGGAUGGAGAGUCUGUCUACUAUUCCAACAUUUGCGGCCCUUUUUGUGAUGCAAAUGUGCCUAUCAAUUAUUUCUAUGAGUCACUUAAUUCACAACUAACGCGCCUUCAUGCUGGAAAACGGCCGAGCAAUUCUCUUAACCUCACUUAUCCAAUUUCGAGGGUAAAUGGCUUUGAUCUGCACUUGGAAAGGAAUUUCUAUGGUGUUAGACUUCGCAAUAAUAAUGAAACUCGUAUUAAAGAAGACCCAGAGAUUUCUCAACUUUCUUCGUUUACCAAUAUUGAACAUAUCGAGGCAAUAAUGAUGACCUUUAGAGCAGACAUUUCCCACCCUAAGGAUGAAGAAAAAAUGGCAAGGUGGGAGAUGCGUGUUUACGAAUUUAGUCAAAAUCAGUUUAAUAAUUCAUUAAUUGAAAUGUUGGUGCUUGGAUCAGAAAUUGUGGAUUAUGAAAUGGCUAAAGAAGCGGAAAAGACUGUCCCCUAUUUUAUUAUGGGUUUUCUCUUUAUGUUUGCAUUUGUUAUUUAUACACUACUUAUUGGUGCUUUCUUUUAUGGUGUAAUGGAUAGAGCCAAACCUUUAUUAGCUUUAGGCGUUUCCCUCUGUCCAGUACUCGCAAUAACUUCAACAUUUGGAGCUUGUACUCUCGCUGGUUAUCGGACAAAUUCUGUCAUUCUUAUCAUGCCAUUCUUAAUUUGUGGGAUUGGAGUCAAUGAUGCUUUUCUAAUGGCCCAUUCAUGGAAUAGAACAGCUCGGAAGCAUUUGCCGAUUCCUGAAAGAUUGGGUAUCAUUUUUGAAGAAGUUGGUCCAUCAAUAACUAUUACUACUCUUACAAAUGUUGUUACAUUUUUGAUUGGAGCAUUGACACCAACGCCAGGUUUAUAUAAAUAA